AGACAAGCGGGCUAGCUACCUAGCCACAAUCAAUCAAGCCACGUUGAAGUACACAGUAACUUUUACAGUACGGGAGUAGCUCGAACGGAUUUUCUAUGCCAAGUUCUUCUACGCAGCACAGUAAACACGCACUGGAAACUAAAAACCACUUGCUCAAGGCAGAUGCACCGCCUGCAAUAGGUUCCCGGAAACCAUGCCCACCAGGAUUCUGAACUGGGCAACGGACCUGAGCUCCGUGCUGGGCGCCAGCAUCAUGCUCGUCUCUUUCAUCGCACCCAGCAGUCAAAAACAACUCCAAACCUAGGUCAGAAGAGACCGCCUCGCACAACAACAAGACGGAUGGUGACGAUGAUGGGGAUAAUCGGAAGGCUCUGGUGGCCUUAAACGAAUCUGCGAUAACCAAUGUCCAACGCGAGUUUCAGAACACUGCUCAAUGGGCAAAUCUCAGCACACAGUUUACAAGGUGGGGGGCCACCUCUAUCCUUCAAGGAGGCGCAGACUGUUGCAGACUCGUAGUCUCAGGAGUCAAGAAUGUCGUGGAAGCACUCCUCAGAAACAACCCCCUUAUCAACAUAUGUUAGCAAUUCCACAAGGUCAGCCAGAGAUCCUACAACCACUGGCGCCUGAAGUCAUUGCACUUUUGCAGCAGUACUCUUACCAAGGGUGCAAGCUAACUGGCCAUGGCAUCUACUCUACCUUAAACGGCGCCUUGAAGAGCGGGAAAGGUGCUUUGGUGCAGCUUGAUGAACAUCUCAUUGUGAGGCUUGGAUCUAAUAUAUCUUUAACUGAUACAAACAUAACUGCCCCAAUCCGAAAGCAUGCUGCGGACAUUCCAGUUCCCCAGCCUCUUGACAUGCUCUGUCUUGGCGGAAAGGUCUAUGCAUUCAUGAACCCCAUUGAGGGCCGUUACCUGGACAAACUUUGGCCAGAUCUCUCAAGUACUGAUAGAUUCUCUAUCCAAGACCAAUUGGAUGCCAGAUUUGAGAAUCUCCGGUCACUACCUUUACCAUCUAAAUAUCUGGGUGGUGGCAAUCCACCACAGUGCAUUGACUGCAGAAUGUGGAAGCGCAAGAGUUGCUUCUCUCUGGGAAUAGCCGAUCUAGCACGGAACCAUAUGUUGAGUUCAUCAGACCCAUGCUUCCUGAGAAUCAACGUGUUGAUCCUUACUCAUGGUGACCUGCACCCUCGCAAUAUCCUGGCUAUUAAUGAUGAGGAAAGAGGAGGGAUUCGGAUAACUGGCCUGAUAGACUGGGAGGUUGGCGGUGCAUAUCCAGAGUACUGGGAGUUUGUCAAGUCUCUUAACACUGUUCACUCAAUACGCUUGGGUGAUUGGCCCUUCUUCCUGCCUCUGAAGGGGAUGGGGAAAUAGUUUGAAGAUAUGUUAUUGGUUGCUUGAUUGACAAUUGUGUGGCAUAACUGACAACAUUUCUUACUCCUGCACCUAAAAAGAACUUAACUUCUAUGACACCCCACCUGACCAUUUCUUAUCGCCCCCCCUCCUAUUGCCCAUUCACCCUUGAUCUCUCCGAAGAUACUCCUCAACUCAGACCCUCCGCUCGUAUUUGUUGGAGGCUUUCAGCACAACACUCGCCGUCUAGGCCUCGUACUCAUCCUCAACCCGGACUCCAAACAGCGGGUCCAGCUUGAGCUUAGCCUCAUCAUGGUCAUAGUCAGUAAGAAGAUCAUCUUCAACCAAGCUCUCCAACACAUCCAGGACCCACUGCUGGCAACCCCAGUGGUACAUUUCAUUCUCGAUCUUUUGGUCCCUGACUAGUUGGCAAAAGUGAUCAACAUGAUCGAUCUCCGCGACUCGGAUGUUCUCUAUAUGGUGGGUACUAUCUUCAAGAGGCUCAGAGCGCUCGUCGUAUUUGAAGUCGCACGGCUCACCGACGAUUUGGAAUAUGAUGUGCUCUGUUGAGCUAAUUUGGAGAUACAGGGCCCAGUGAUAGGUUCCCAAGAUCUGGUUCCGGGGCUGAUAGAUGGCGAUGAAAAGCUCGGCCAUUUUCUUUUCCAGUUUCUUCCUUUCCUUUAUUAAAAAAUGUUCCGGGCCCAACAGCGCAGGGGUAGGAGAGGUCAAAUAAGAUCUUCUAAGAAGAAUAUUAGCUUCACCCAGCAAAUAUCAUUAGCUAAAUGGGCUUUCAGCUCGAUAGUUUUGGGUAGAUUCAGCCUCGUCGUUGAAAAUCUAGUGGGGUCAUCGGAUGGCCAGGAGCGUAGGAGGGGAGGCGGAAGAUCAUAGCAUCCUCCGGUAGGGAGAAGCUCCUUUAUGUCCAGCAGCGAUAGGCUAGUCUUGGGUAAUUGGCCAAAUGCCACACUUGAUGCCUCUUCUUAGCCUAUGUGCUUUGCAUGAAGUUUGAUUCGUAUGAAUGAAGAAUGCGCUAUCCAGAUGCGUGGUUCCACCGAGCGAUUAUUUGUCACUGCAGGCGCCUCGAUCGUUGCCGGAUAUCCUUUCCAGUUGGCGCCUGGGCCAAUGGGAUAUGGCAGAUAUCAAAUUACUUGGAGCAUGGCUGUUUGCAGAUUAUUGUAGCUAGCUUGACCGCUGUCUCUCUGCGAUGUCUGCGAGCCUGCAACUGUUAUUGGGUGUUAUCCACUAUCCUGAUUCUAACCAAUUUGUUCUCGUUUUAGAGCGGAUGCACGUAGAUAAAUAUAUACAGUUGACAUUUUGAUUAUUCUCUCUUUGGUUGAAAGGAGAGUAGCGGAGUUAAUGAGCUUGACUAGCAGAACAGUAGUUAGAGGCCGCAGAAGAGUGUGAACGACUUAAUGUAGCACACAAUAGAGUAUAUACCUACCCUAUAUAAAGUAAAC